UGUGUGUGUAGGUAUUAUAUUUCAGAUUCGGAUUCGGACUCUUCUACGUGUUGUCUGGUGUUGUGUACUUGUGUUGUGGUCUGCUGAUGCGUAGCAUCUGUGUUUGGUUUUCCUUCUCGGUGAGCAGUUAAGCACGUGGUGAUUUGAGGUUAUAGUAUGUGGUUGAUUUUUUUUGUGUGAAUUGUUGGUGUUAAAUUGUUUAUUACUAAAAAGUGUCGAUUGUCAUGCAAGAUGGCUGUCAAAGAUGAUAUGGACAUAUGCUUAAACAUUGCUGGAGGUACUGUCAAUUCAAAAAAGCAGACUCCGAAAAUACCAAAAGAUAUGCACAUUAAAAGAAUGAAGACGAAACAAUAUGGAAAAAAGAAAAAUACUCUUGCAAAAGCUGAAUCGAUUCAUACUAUAAAGAGCUCUUUCACUGGGGCAAAGCAAAGAAUAAAACAGAAAUGUUUAGCUACUCUUGUUGCUAAGAAUUCACAGAAAGUUAAAGUAUCUUCAGCAGUCCCUAAAGCUUCUAUUUUAAAAAAAUCUGACUCUAUAACUUCGUCAAAAAGUAGUAGUCUAUUUACGAGUCAAGUAACUAAUAAUAAACAAUUGACCAAUGACAAAAAAGUUAGUUUUUCAGCUAAGGCAGGUGGUGACUCUAGCAAGCCAGUUAUUUCUUUUGUCAAAACUUCAAAAGAGAAUACUUUAAAAACAAUCUUAGCUAGAAAAAGGAAAAUUGAUACAAGAGAAGAAAAAAAAUCUCUUUCAGAUAUUUUUAAAACGUCUAAUUUAUCAGAAGCAAAUCUUUCAAAAAAUAAGGUUAAUGAAGACAGAGUAGAUAAUAUAGUUUCAGACAAACAACUUAAAUUUGAUUUUGGUCAAAAGAAUUCAAAAAAUUAUGAUGAAAAUUCAAAGAAGAUACCUAUGGAUAAAGACAGUAACUUUCCAAAGAAAAUAAAAAAAUUUAAUGAUAAGGCAAGAUUUCACAAGGAACAUAAUGACUCAAAAUCAGAAAAUGUCAAUCAUAACUUUCAUCCAAAGGGCAAAAUUGCAUCGCUUUUCGGGCAUAAUCCUGAAAUUCCACAUAUAGGUCAGAGAUUUGUGAAACCUGUAAAUGAAAAAGUAUUUAGUGCUGAAAAAUUUAGCGAAUUAGGAAUACACGCUUAUGCUGUGUCAAAUUUAGAACAGAAUAUGAAUAUUACCACUAUGACGACAGUUCAAAAAAAAGCCAUUCCUGUUAUACUCUCUGGUCAUGAUGUCUUAGUAAGAUCGCAAACUGGAUCUGGAAAAACUCUUGCAUAUGCAUUGCCUAUAAUUGAAUCUUUGCAAAGUAUCAAGCCAAAAUUAUCAAGAAAUGACGGUACCAGAGCACUUGUGAUAGUACCAACAAGAGAAUUAGCUCUUCAAACUUAUGAAUGUUUUCUCAAAUUGGUAAAGCCCUUUACAUGGAUAGUGCCAGGUUAUUUAAUGGGUGGAGAAAAGAGGAAAGCAGAAAAAGCAAGAUUAAGAAAAGGUUGUGUAAUAUUAGUUGCUACACCUGGAAGAUUGAUAGAUCACAUCAAACACACAAAUGCUUUAAAACUUGACAGAAUUAAUUGUCUGGUGCUGGAUGAAGCUGAUAGAAUGCUUGAUAUGGGAUAUGAAAAAGACAUUUCUGAAAUUGUUGCUACUCUCACAAAUACUCCAAAUACUUCAUCAGAUUCAAGCUACGAUGCUUUGGCGAUGCUCCGAAAAAAUAUUAAAUUAAAAGGAAAUAACCUAAGUGAAAUUAAAACAGAGCAUGAAGAAAAUGACGAAGAAAAUAAAUAUACAGUUAGAAGACAAAAUAACUCUGAGUUUGAAGAGAAUUCCACUAAUGGAAAUGAGCCGAAAAGUGCAGAAUCUCAACAAAAUAAUGAGCUUGGAAAAAGUGCUGGAGAGGAAAAUUCUAACGAAAAUAAAUUGCAGAGGAGAAAAACAAUUCUUUUAUCGGCAACAUUAACUCACGCGGUUGAAAAGCUUGCCGGAUUAACGAUGUAUAAUCCCGUUUUUGUUGACGCCGCCAAGGAGAAUAUUGAAAAUUCAGGUGGAAUUGAUGCUGACGUUAACGAAGAUUUAGUCGUACCUCAAAGUGUUACGCAAAGUUAUAUUGUUACUCCACCAAAAUUAAGGCUGGUCACGCUAAGCGCAUACAUUGCUGGCAAAUGUCAGCAACAAGGAAGUCAUAAAAUUAUAGUUUUCGUUGCAACUCAAGACAUGGUCGACUUUCAUACAGAAACACUGUCGACUGUCCUUACAAAACCAACAGACGCCGAAGAUGAAGAUUCAGAUCCAUUGGUAGACAUUGAAUUUUUCAAAUUGCAUGGAAACAUGUCUCACAAAGAGCGGACCGACAUUUUCAAAACUUUCAGACAAGCAAAAAGCGGUGUUCUAUUCUGCACUGAUGUAGCAGCAAGAGGAUUGGAUCUUCCAGAAGUCGACAUAGUAGUACAGUACACAGGACCCACAUCGACGCGAGAUUAUGUGCACAGAAUUGGUCGAACAGCGAGGGCGGGCUCCUCGGGUACAGCGACGAUAUUCUUGACACCAUCUGAAGUUGAGUUCGUAAGAAUGCUUGAAGCACGUAAAAUACGUAUCAAGCAAGACGAUAUGGACGAUGUAUUGAAUAAUCUGAUAGGACCACUUUCGCCGCACAACUCUGUACACGCAGCGGCCAUUGCUUUACAAAACAAUCUGGAAGAAUUGGUAUUGGAAAACAAAAAAUAUCAUACACUGGCGUGCAAAGCCUACACAUCAUGGGUGCAGUUCUACUCCAGCUAUCCGCGAGAGAUGCGCCAAGUGUUCAAUCGUAAAAACUUGCAUUUGGGUCACUACGCGAAGAGCUUUGCAUUGAGAGACCCACCUAGCAAGAUCGGUGGCGCUGGGAAAGCAAUACGACAGCGUGAAAUUGACGCCAGACCUAAACACCAGAAUAGACUGUCAAAUCAACGCGAAGAGAGAAGGAAAGACAGCUCGAAACAACAAGGCGCUGGAGGACAAGGCUCUCUAAGACAACAGGAUCGUCGAAAUGGCAUGCUCAAAAAUGUGAGAAUGUUGAAUAUAUCAGAGUUCGAUAGUGGCUUGGAACCGAUUAAGAAAACGAAGAAGUGAAAAGCGACUAAUUGGUCUCUACUUGUGUAUAAAUAUUUAUAAUUAUUCGUUUUUAUCUAAUUGAAAAUUAAGCUAGAAAGAGUUAUCUCCGUAGGUUCGUACGAAGAUAAUCUGAACAAAGUUAUUUCGUC